GGUGAAUGCCUAAUAAUGCCAGGGUGGCGGGUCGACAUCUUUAAGUUUGAAAAACGGAAAAAGGUAAAGUGGGAAAAAAAGCGAAGGGACAGUAAAGCAAGUAAGGCCAGGGAGGGUUUAGCCGUUCGCCAUUGCCGUCUUUCACACCUUCACCUGCAGCUUCAGCUUCAGCUUCCCUCCAUGCCCAUGGAGCACGUCUUCUCCACUCUGCCGCUGCUACUCUUCUCAGCGUCUCUGUUGCUUCUCUGCACAACGUCGUUUUCGCUCGGGAUCAACUACGGCCAGAUUGCUGAUAAUCUCCCUAAUCCCGCGGCGGUCGUGCCUCUCGUCAAGUCCAUCGGCGCGACGCGCGUCAAGCUAUACGACGCCGAUCCGAGGGUUCUUAAGGCUUUCGCCAACACCGGCGUAGAGUUCAUCGUCGGCCUCGGAAACGAGUACUUGGCCAAAAUGCGAGAUCCCAAGCAAGCCAUGGCGUGGGUUAAGAACAACGUCCAGUGCUACCUACCGGUGACCAAAAUCGUCUGCAUUGCCGUCGGGAACGAAGUUCUCACGCUCAACGACUCCGCUCUCGCCGCCAACCUCGUCCCCGCCAUGGAAAGCGUACACACCGCUCUUGUCUCGCUCAAGCUCGACAAACAGGUCAUGGUGACCACCGCUCACAAUUUGGCCAUCCUCCAAGUCUCUUAUCCCCCCUCCGCCGGCGAAUUCCGCCGAGAUCUGACUCAGAAACUCUCCUACAUCCUUGAUUUCAACUGCAAGGUCGGUUCCCCUUUCCUAAUCAACGCCUACCCUUUCUUCGCCUACAAGUCGAAUCCGAAGCAAGUCUCGCUAGAUUUCGUCCUGUUCGAGUCGGAAUCAGGGGUUGUCGACGCCGAAUCGGGGUUACACUACAGCAACAUGUUCCACGCCCAAAUCGACGCGGCGCACUCCGCUGUGGAGAAGCUUGGAUACAAAAACGUCUGCCUACAGAUAUCGGAGACAGGAUGGCCGUCCAAAGGGGACGCCGACGAGGUCGGGGCAACGCCGGAAAAUGCCAGGAAGUACAACGGGAACUUGAUAAAGCUAAUCUCGCAGAAGAAAGGGACGCCGAUGAGGCCCAAUCUGGACUUGAAUGUCUACUUCUUCGCUUUAUUCAACGAGAAUCAGAAGCCCGGGCCCACAUCCGAGAGAAAUUUCGGGCUGUUCAAGCCAGACGGAACGCCGGUGUAUAAUCUGGGGUUCAACUCUACGGCCUUCAUUAAUGCGAACUCGUCAAGCUCAGUUGGCAGCUCCAGCGGUACGACGUCGUCCCCGCCGUCCCCGGCGGUGGCUGGGAGUGGGAGUGGGAUUGGGAGCUCCUCUAAUGGCUACUUGUCCAUUACUGCCGACAACGCGGUGACGGAGAGACUUGCUUUCCAGGGCCGGGCGUUGUCAUUUCUAUGUCUGGUGGCUUCAUUGGCUAUCCUUGCAUCACAACACUAGCCAUUUAAACAAAUCAUGGAGAAUGGAGGAGCAGCGAUUCGAACAAAUUUAGCGAAAGGAGGAUACAUUAUUCUGCUCCCUACUUCCUAGUCUAAAGGUAAGGCCAACAAUUUACGGGUUUAUUGGUUUUAUUCGUUGAGGGAGAUAUGACACUGGAAUUUAUUUAUGGUUUAAAUCAUCGAGCUAUGCAUAUCAAUGAGGGAGACA